AUGCAACAGACAAAGCUCUAUAAACGAGUCGCUACACCGUUCGAAACAUUACCGCCUGGAACACCAGAGUCAUUUUUGAAACUCCGAAGUCUGGGGGUGGGAAAAGUGGAAGUUGUCGUGUUUGUGGAACGCAGCAGCACCACGCAACGAUAUGAGCUCCUCCGCACCACCGAGUGCGGCGACAAAGCAACAGAAGCGCCAUUUCUACUUACCGCAUCGAUGACUCCCCUGCCCGCCAACGAAGAGGACUUUAACGACUGGUAUGAUCAAGAACAUGUACCUAUGGUAUCGCAGAUGGCUGGGUAUAUACGGUGCAGGAGAUGUGUGAGCGCCUCGGUGGCCGAGGAGGGGGUGGCUAUCGAGGAGCAGCAACAGCAACAACGACAGCAAACCAAAUAUUUCACUAUUCAUGAGGUUGAGGACUUGGCUGGUUUCUCUGGGCCUGAGGCUAGGGCGUCGGGGGAGACCGAGUGGACUAAGAAGCACAUGGCACAGUUGAAGGGGUUUGAGAUGAGAGGAUGGGAGUUGAUCAAAGGGUAAGAAUUAAGCGAUGGUCAGGACAGCAACAGUAGGGUGAGCCGAUCAAUCGCUCGGCAUAUUCUGGAGACUGAGGAUUCUUACCAUAUGGCAAGGU